GCAAGGAGUCCAUCUGCACAAAAUCGAGCAGUUUGGAGUUGGGAGAUUCCGAAUCGAGUGUAAUAAAUUAAAUAACUAGUUUCCGAAUUAAUUCCUAGUUUAAUUACGAAUUCAUAAGUAUAUAAUUCCUUGAUCACAAAGCAAGUAGUCCAUCGGCAGAAAUCAGUUGGGAUUUGGGAGAUUCCAAAUCCUGGUGUAAUCUGAGUAACUAGUUUCUAAUUAAUUUCUUUCGUUUUUGGAAACUAAAAAUUGAAGAUGAUCAUUGCCAAUCUCUAUAUAUAUGUAAGUAUUGUUUCUUCAUUCAGAUCAUUUGCCCUCUCUCACAAAUCAAAUUGUAAGAAUACAAAGUGCAGUAUAGUAGCUCCAAUUCAAUUGAGAGUAUCGAUCAUGGCGGUGAAGUUGAUAUUCUCGCGGCUUCCAGGCGGAGGCUACGCUCAGCUGCGGGGCGGCUAUUCCAAUUUGGACCUCCUCGCCGCCGUCUGCGUCGCUGAUUCCGAGAUGGAACAAAACCACCUUAACAACAAUUCUUCUUCUUCAUCGCCUAAUUCGGUGAUUCCCAGGAAUAAGAGGAGCAGCCGCCGUAGAACCAGUGAUUCCGUCUUGAAAUGUGUCGUCUCCGCCUUCAAAAGGUUGUCAAUCGGAGGAGGACCCGGCAAUCAGAAGAAAAGGACGGCCAUGAAAAUCAUGAACCGGGUCGGCGCCGAUGAUAACCGGCAGCCGGCGGCGGGGGAGUUGACGGCAGAUUGUGUUUGUCCCUCGUACAGCUCCCUCCUAUGCGACAAACACUUGGAAUGAUUCACUCUGGUCGACGAUGAAAAAACAUUAGCGUAGUGCUUUUUCAUUUUUCUGGAAUUAGUAUGAAUUCAAUAUAAUUAAAGUAGCUGGAUUUUGACAUUCAUUUUUGGAUGAUGUUUUCAU